AUUUCAAACCAUUACCUAAAUCUCCCCAGAGCAAGAGCCAGAGAUGAGAGUGAUGUAGAAACAACUAGAAAAACAUUACAAAACCCUAGCUGUAGCAGAAAAAAACCAAUAAAACCUAAGGUCACAACGAUUUGAUUAGUGUGGAAAUUUAAGCACAAAAAUGGGUGAAUCAGAAGCUAAAGCAGUGUCUUCACUGAAAGAUCAGGGUAAUGAAUUCUUCAAAUCUGGAAACUAUCUCAAAGCUGCUGCUAUAUACACUCAGGCCAUCAAGCAAGACCCGUCUAACCCUACCCUCUACAGCAACCGAGCUGCAGCAUUUUUGCAUCUGGUCAAGCUCAGUAAAGCACUUGCUGAUGCUGAGACAACAAUCACAUUGAAUCCCAACUGGGAAAAGGGCUAUUUCAGGAAAGGAUGUGUAUUAGAGGCCAUGGAACGCAUUGAUGAUGCCUUAGCUGCUUUUCAAAUAGCUUUGCAGCACAAUCCACAAAGUUCAGAGGUUUCAAGAAAGAUCAAGCGGCUUUCACAGUUGUCAAAAGACAAAGAGCAAGCUCAAGAAGUAGAGAACAUCCGAUCCAAUGUUGAUAUGGCAAAGCAUUUGGAUAUAUUGAAACGCGAACUGUCUAAAAAGUGUGGAGCUGAAGGUUGCUGGGAAGAAAUUUUCUCUUUCGUUGUUGAGACAAUGGAAACAGCGGUAAAAUCAUGGCACGAAACUUCUUAUGUGGAUGCUAGAGUUUAUUUCCUUCUUGAUAAGGAAAAGACGGAGACUGAUAAAUAUGCUCCAGGUGUCAAUAUAGAUAAGGCAUUUGAGUCACCCCAUACGCACAGCAGUUGUUUUUCAUUUCUCAGAAAGUAUGCUGAGGAUUCUAAUUCCCGAGCAGCUUGCUUAGUGGCAGCUAAAAGUAUCAUAUCUUACCCGCAGGUCUGGAAAGGUCAAGGAUCAAGGAAAUGGAGGCAUGGGCAAAAUGAUGGAUUUUUUGUGCAAUUUGAAUCCCCUUUCCUGCGAAAGGUGUGGUUUGUUCCCAGUUCCACUGAAAAAGGGAAAAUUUUGUGCAGGGAUCCAGUGGUUUUGGACAUUAGUGCCCAUGAAUUGCUUCCUCGUCUAUACAAGCAAAUAUAGUCCAAUUCCUAGUGGCUCUGUAUCUUGGUCUGAACUUCAUGGACGACAAUGGCUCAGAAGCUAAAAUGGGAGGCCUCUACUUUUGAAAGAGAACUGACAGAACUAAGUGGUGGCCCCAGUUAUCUUGUUAUCCCAUUGUGCAAUUUCCUACGUUGGGCAGUCGAAUCAUAUUCAAGAGAAUAGUUACGAUAACACAGGAUAUCUGGCCAGGUGUUUUGCAAGCCUUCUCAUGUGAGUGCAUCCUUUGGUUUGAGUUUUCAACUGUGUAAUGAGAUUUUGCUGAGUGUUGUGGGUUUUUUCAUGUAUUUAUGAUGUUAUGGUCUUCUUCUUCUUUAUUGGUUCCUGGCAGUGGGAUUUACUGUUAUAUCAAUGUUACUAUUGCUUGACAGCGAGGUAGCACAUUGUGUUCAUUUUUUAUUUUUAUUUUUGUUUUUUUUAAAGCAUAAAUGGUUU